AAGAAGCUGCUUUUCCACGUUGAACUUGGGAGUUACGCAUAUGGAGCAGAAGCUCGCAGAGUUUAGAGCCCGAAGACAGGCGGAAAAAGGCAUGAAAAAGUCCGAACCUGCUGCUCCUCAGCCCGGAGAACAGAGAGGAGGAGGAGGGCCUGCUGUUCAGCCUGACAGCAGUCAUCAACCAAAGGAGCCAGAAGCCAGCCAAGCUGCAAUCAGCAGCUCUAAAAAUAGGGACUGUAGGGACUGGCUGCUAGACAGUACUCUGGGACGAUGGUUUGCUUCAAGACAGCUGGUCCUCUCCAACAUUAUGUUGCUCAAAGUGCUGCUGUGGCUGGUUCUGCUGGGUCUUUUUGUUGAACUGGAAUUCGGACUGCCUUUCUUCAUCAUCUCCCUGUUCUACUGGCUCUAUGAAGGACUUCGCAGCCCAGAACCUAGAAAGCCAGGAGAACUGAGUGCUUACUCUGUCUUCAACCCAGACUGUCAGCCUCUCCUUGGCUCACUCACUGCUGAGCAGCUGGAGGGGGAGAUGGGCUACAGACCUCUGGCCAACAGAUAAAGUGCUUGUCACUUCCAUAACUGAAGGGCAUAAUUCAAGAUCUUUCUUGUUUGGAAAAAGGAUUAUGAACUGUAUUUCUUAUGUAUCUAUUGCACAUUAAAUUAACGCUGGCAUACUUAUUAUUUUGUUCCCUUCUAUGCUGCAACAUUUUAGGAACCUCAGAUGUAAAUGUAUAUAAAACCUUUAUCUACAUUGGUCUUCUCACUGUUUGCCUUUCAAACAUUAAUUACCUUGAUUGCUGAAACUUCCCUAAAUGCCAGGGAUAAUUUGGGGACUACUCUUUUUUUUUUGGACCACAAUUUGUUUUUAGUUCUGUUUGUUUUAAUUUACAAUCAGUUUUAUUUGCCAAGUUUGUGCUCGCAAACCAUAAGUUUGACUUUGGUUCCACUUUGGUCUCAAUGUGCAGACAUUUCAAUGUAAACAUGUCAAAUUUGGAGGAAAAUAAAUUGUUUUUUGUUGUUUUAUUUUCAAA